AUGGGUUCCGACGGCGACAACCAGAUUCCAGGAGUUGAUGACUCCGAGGUGGGCAUUUCAGAUCUCGGUGGCCCUGGGUACCCAUGGUCGUCUUCAGCCGCUGGUCUUUGUGGCCAGCCAAGUACCAGCAACCGUAUGAGUGGAGAGCUCAUCAGCACGUUCACUGAACCAAGCCCACAUUUCACAGUGCUUGGUCAGUCGAGCUCGUCACAGGAGCUGGCCGGCCAUGCCCACAAUCCAGCUCUUUGCCCUCCGUCUGCCGUUAAUUCGCUCUCUUACGCCACGAGCUCUGCUCCCUAUCUCGUCACAAGCUCAGCCCCUUGGGCAUGGCAAUCUUUCCAGCCGUAUCAGACUCGCCUACCCUCACUUCCAGAGCUCGGUCUUGACACAUCUCACCCUGAGCCUCAAGUGAUUCGACCUUACCUUCCAAUCUAUCAAUAUGUCAACGUCAACCCUUCUGCAUCCCGGGUCUCUCUCACUCAAACCUCACCUUUCUCUUCGCUGUCUCAUCAAACUGUUCAGAGACAUGCUGCACUGCAACAAGUAAGCAUUCAAGAAUCGCAUUCCAGCUCGUAUGCUUCCGGUUCCCCACACAACACAUUACCACCAAACAGUGACGGCGCAGGCGGCAAUGGAAGAGUAGCGAGUCAUCUGUCAGAUGAGAAUUGCGCGUCAGAUGAAGACAGUACUUCAACUCCGGGCUCAGCACAGGCUGAGAAUGCAUCGGAGUUCUCACCCGUCUGCGAAUUUUCGCGUCCCUGCAGAAUGGGGCCCAGUCCUGAUGGCGUUCAUUUCCGCAAAGUGGUUUCUCACCUUUUCGGGAGAAAUAAAGCAUCAACCAAGUCGUUCCCCGAGAGUGUGUGGGUUUUUUACUGCCGCAAACACUAUCAGCGUGCUCGCUACCGUGCUGCACAGUGGCCAUUCAAUCAGUGCGAGCUGCUCCUACAAUCCUUGGACCGCAUGGAGCGAUGGGGGCAUGUGCGCAGCUUCGAGCUCCGUCUUCGUCGCCGUGAGGCUUUACGUACUGAUCGAGAGACCCAGAGACCUGUCCCUACAGGUCUGCUUGACAAUGGACGCCGGCACCCAACGGCGUUCACUGCGCCUGUUCCCGACUGGCUGCAGCGAGAGGUCGGAGCCGGAAAGUCGUUCGACGACAUCCGUGGCAUCGUCGAGCGCAUCCGUCGCGACAUGACAGAUGCUCGGCAACGGGAAAACGGCUACAAUCAAGCUCUGGCCGACACAAGUUCAUCUGGGUCUUCGGCUCACCGCGAGCGCCAAGCUUUCACGCGGUUCCCGGAUAUUGAAAUCCUACCGACCUUCCACUCGGGCGUUUUGGCUGAGCAAUGCGGCUCGAAGCGACGCGAAAUGAAAAAACACGCGCUAGCCAGAUCCCACUUUGAGGAUGUCGCAGAUGCGGAGUAUAGCUCUGGCCCGCAUUAUCAGCGACAACAAGGGUCGCGCUCUUCUGGAACAUCCCGAGUCUCCUCUAGGGGGCAAUCAGGAAACUCAACAAGAGAAGUCCAGAGAAGAAACGGAUUCGCAAGGAUUAGCCGAGUUAGUUUGCGAGUUGGGUGA